AUGGCUGAGAACACUGUCAGCUGGCCAGAUGGAAAUCAAGGUCAAAUCGAGUUGCCGGCGUCUUGUUUCAUGCCGCUGCUCUGGAGUGGAAAUGGUGCUUCCACUUCUCCAAUACUGGUGAGAGAAAACAGCGAGGCCCCAACCAAGAUAAACUCUAUUAGCAUCCCUCUGCCGCAGCUCAAUGAGACGCUGGUACCAACAACAAGCGGAAAUGCCGUGGUAGUAUCCACAACGGCUGCACACCUCCUUGCUGCUUGGGCAUCUGUGCUGGCAAAUUAUUCCGAUGUCGAAUAUCCGUACUUUGGGUACACCAUUAGGAUGCCAGAUGGCCAGGAUCACCUCUUGUGCCACGCCUGUGUUGCCCAAAGUGGAAAUGGCCAAGAUGUUCUUUCAUCGGUCAUGGUGGGUUCUUGGAAUCAACACCCAUAUGUUCAAGGGGGCCUUGAGCCCAAUUACAACACACGAUUUAUUAAUGAUGGUGGAAAUUUGUUCAAUCAGGACUGGGAAAAGGAACCGAUUGUACUUCAGUAUUCGGUGGUAAAGAGCCGGCAUGAGCUCAUACUCCACCACAACACUUCCUCUGUUAGUACUAGAUACGCAGAGCUUAUCAUAGAUACAUUUCAAAGUAUCUUGCAGAGCAUCAUCCAUCACCCUCAGCGCCAAAUCCGCGACAAUGCCAUUCUAGGCCCACUCAAUAAGGGCCAGAUUUUUGACACAAACAAUGUUGCUUUGCCUUCUGCACAAUACACUAUCCCUCUCAUCUUCGGGUUGCAAAGCUUGCUUCACGGCCCCUCUCCCGCGAUUGCUUCUGCACACACCAAUCUCACCUAUGAAGAGCUUGAUAGUCUUACUAGCCGUCUUGCUCGCUAUCUCCGCUCGCGGGGGCUGGCAGGUCCCAGCAGGCGCAUAGCAUUAUGCUUCGAGAAAUCUCCCUGGACAAUAGUCGCCUUGCUGGGUGUGCUAAAAGCCGGCAGUGCAUUUAUCCUCCUAGAUGUAGCCUUGCCUCAUGAGAGAUUGGCUACCAUUGUGCAGGCAUCCGAGGCACGUACGGUGUUGUGCUCAGAACAACAGUACGGAUUGAGUUGCAACAUAAUCAACACUGACGAUACCAUAAACCUCAUAAUUGCGGAUGGCAUGGGUAUUGAGUCGUUGCUUCUUGAGGAGAUGGCUGAUACCCUGAUCUCUGAUCAUACUGUCCGUCCUGAGGAUGAAGCAUAUAUCAUUUUCACGUCAGGCACAACUGGUACGCCCAAAGGAAUUGUGGUUCAACAUGGCGCGUUCUCUAUCGGUGCCGUCACCCAUGGAAAGGCGAUGCUUCUCGAUGCCAACUCGAGAGUGUUGCAAUUUGCAUCAUACAGCUUCGAUGCUUGCCUGGUGGAAAUACUGACAACACUCAUCCAUGGCGGCUGCGUGUGUGUUCCCGCGCCCUCAGAGCGAGGACCCGGUAUUGAAUCAUUUAUGGAAGCAAUGGAAGUUAAUUGGGCUGUUUUAGUGCCAUCCUUUGCUAAAAUUUUAAAUCCUGACCAGCUACCCUCACUCCAAAAGUUGGUUCUGGCUGGCGAAGCACUGGACAAACAAGAUUUGUUGACGUGGACACCACGGGUACAGUUGGUGAACGGUUAUGGACCCAGUGAGUGCUGCGUAGCGUCGGUCGUCAAUCCUGUCCUAUCAAUAGGAUCUGAACCUCGAGAGAUUGGCCGUGCUGUGGGCUGUCGAACCUGGGUUGUUGACCCUGCCGACCAUCAUCGUUUACUCCCACUGGGCUGCACGGGGGAGCUGCUGAUUGAGGGUCCAAUUUUGGCUCGUGGUUAUCUAAACGACGACAAAAAAACAGAUGCAUCAUUUAUUCGCAACCCUCGAUGGGCGAAGCUUGAAGGCGCGCCUAUGAUGGGGAGAUUUUACAAGACGGGUGAUCUCGUCCGGUAUAAUGAGAACGGCACGCUGUCCUUUGUUGGUAGAAAAGAUACACAAGUAAAGGUCAAUGGCCAACGACUGGAACUGGGAGAGAUUGAAUACCACCUCAGAAGGCUAUUGCCAGCUCGAUCGCAGGUUGCUGUAAACGCUAUACGGCGUCAUGGCAAUGAGCACACCAGGCAGCUCCUCGUAGCCUUCUUCCAGACUGAAUGGGAGUCCAAUCAAGGACCUCUCGACCAUUUCACUGACGAAGUCAUUACUAUGACGCCAGGAAUGCAAACAAUUAUUGCAGAACUGCAAAAUGCACUCUCGGCUUGCCUUCCUGCUUUCAUGGUACCGUCAAUUUUCAUCCCGUUGUCGAACUUCCCCGCUCUACCAUCAGGCAAAGUAGACCGAUCUCAGCUUGGCCGCAUAUCAAAUCAACUGUCAUCCAAGCAGUUACUGUCUUACUCUCACACCGACCCUGGUCGCGGCACGAUCCAGAGACCGGUGACGGACAUGGAAGUACGGAUACGCCAGCUUUGGGCGGCGGUAUUAGGGAUAGAAGAAGACAUGAUAAGCACUGAGGACUCUUUCUUCAGGCUUGGGGGUGACUCUCUCGCUGCCAUGCGGCUCACAGUUAUUGCUCAAAAUGAUGGUCUUGCCUUGGUAGUCUCAGACAUCUUCAAAUGUCCAACGCUGACGCAGCAGGCUGCCAUGGUGAGCUUGAGCAGUGAUGAUGAGCUGAAUAUUGCUAAGCCAUUUGCGCUCUUGAACAGAGACAUGGCCUCAAGGCAUGACCUUGUGGCCAAAGAGGUGGCCAUGAUGUGUAAUGUUGACGAGGAUAAAGUCCAGGAUAUUUACCCAUGCACACCGCUCCAAGAAGGUCUCAUUGCUUUGUCUAUUCAACAAGGAGGAUCGUACGUGAAUCGGUUGGUGUAUCAAUUGCCAGACACCACUGAUAUAAGCCGAUUUCAAGCGGCAUGGGAAGAAGUUAUAUCCAAGAGCCCUAUACUAAGAACCCGAAUUGUCCAACUCGAGCAUCUAGGGAUGUUUCAGGCUGUUCUCAGUCAAGAAAAGACGAAGUGGCAAGAAGCGGAUGAUUUUGGAGCGUAUCUUAGACAAGAUUCAGCUCCAAUGGGUCUAGGUGAUCCUCUGGCUCAAUAUGCGAUUAUUCAAUCUCAGGGAGCAAAGCGAUUCGUCUGGACUAUUCAUCAUGCUAUACACGAUGGCUGGACUGUCCCGCUGUUGUUGAGAGCCGUCAGCCUCAUCUAUGAGAACUCUACACCUCUUGUCCCGUUCAAACCAUUUACCGGUUUCAUCUCCUAUUUACAGCAACUGGAUGCUGAGGCCUGUCGCAAUUUCUGGGUGUCGCAGCUAGAGGGCGCUCAGCCUGUCCCAUUCCCUGAAGUUACCCAUCUCGGACAGCAGAUUUGUGCUGAUUCCGUCAUCUCAAGAACAGUGCGUCUCUCUCAAAAAACUGGAUCAGACACUACCGUUUCAUCUCUACUUCGAGCCGUAUGGGCUCUGGUUGUUUCACAGUAUUCUGGCACCAACGAUGUAGUAUUCGGAGCAGUAUCUGCUGGUCGCCACGCGCCCGUUCCUGGCAUUACAGCCAUGACUGGUCCAACCAUAGCAACAGUGCCCGUGCGAGUGACUAUUGAUGGCAAAAUGCCCGUUUCCGCCUUGCUGCAACAUUUACAAAAACAAUCCACAGAUAUGAUCCCAUUCGAACAUGCAGGACUCCAAAAUAUUCGCAAAUUCAGUAGCGAUGCUGAGAGCGGUUGUUCGUUCCAGAAUCUGCUCGUUAUCCAACCCACCAUCCCAAUGGAUCACGCGAAUCAACUUUUUCAUCACCAGCUUGAAGAAAGGGAUACCUCAACUAUGUUCACUUACCCCUUGACCAUGGAAUGCAAGAUAGGCGCCGAAGACGUGGAAUUGGUCGCACAAUUCGACAAGCGCGUCAUCGAUCCCCAGCUAAUGAAUCGCAUACUUCGUCUCUUUGAGUAUGUUCUGCUUCAAAUUACGGACGAGAAAAACAAGUUAUUGGACGUUGGUAGUAUCGAUUUUAUCCAUCCAGAUGAAUUGCUCGAGCUCCAAAUGGCGGCGGGAGAGCCGGUGAAGGCAACGGCAGCAUGCCUCCAUUUUCUAGUAGAGAAACGAGUCUUGACUCAGCCCAAUGCCGCAGCAAUCUGCUCCUGGGAUGGGGAAUUCACUUACGAGGAGCUCUCAUCUUUGUCGAGCCGGUUUGCAAAUCAUCUAAUUGCUGCUGGUGUAAGACCUGAGGUCAUUGUUCCUAUAUGCUUCGAGAAGUCUGCAUGGGCCGUGGUCGCAAUGCUUGCUAUCAUGAAAGCGGGAGGUGCAGUUAUGGCCUUGGAUCCAGCCCAUCCAAUCCAGAGACUCGAGUAUAUGGCACACGAUGCAAAUGCAUCUUUGAUCAUUACGUCGCCAUAUUUAGCCCACCUCUUCAAAGAUUCUUUAUUCGGGAUUCAAAUUCUGUCCCAAGAGCUCCUGGAUUCUCUUCCGAACAAACACGGGAACCCUCAAACUUCUAUUCAACCUUCGGAUCCAGCUGUUAUCAUCUUUACUUCUGGUAGUACUGGAAAUCCAAAAGGAAUUGUAUUACCCCACUCUUCAUUAUGCUCGAGUUCUGCUGCUCAUGUGAAGCCUUUUGGUAUUACCAAGAAUUCCAGAGUUCUCCAGUUUGCCGCAUAUACCUUUGACGAGAGCAUCGAAGAUAUCUUCACCACCUUGAUUGUUGGUGGCUGUAUUUGCAUCCCCUCAGACGUCGAUCGACUGAAUGAUCUCACAGGCGCAAUUAACAAACUUCAAGCAAAUUGGACCAUCAUCACACCAACAGUCGCUGGCCUUCUUAAUCCUGCUGACGUUCCUUCCUUGAAGACUAUAGGAUUUGGAGGCGAGCCUGUCACCAAGGCCCUCAUUGCCAAAUGGAGUCCAUAUGCACGAGUCAUGAAUAUCUAUGGACCGGCGGAGUGCUCAAUGACGGCCAUAUGUAAUACAGAUUUACAAGUUUCCGACGCGAGUUGCAUUGGCAGACCUGUGGGCAGCAGAGCUUGGAUCGUCAACCCGGAAAACCACAAUCAGCUUGCUGUGUACGGCAGCAUUGGAGAGCUUUUACUAGAAGGACCGAUAUUAGCACGAGGAUACCUAAACGACGAGGCGAAAACGUUAGCGGCCUUUAUUAUGUCUCCCAUUUGGUCGCGUGGAUCGUCAGACGGAAUACCACGUCGAUUCUAUAAGACUGGAGACUUAGUGCGCUUUGGCGUUAAUUCCAUGCUUCAAUUUGUUGGCCGGAAAGAUACCCAGGUUAAACUACACGGCCAAAGAGUUGAAUUGUCAGAGAUUGAGCAUCGGAUUUCUGUAACUGGGAAGUGUGGCGAAAUUAUGGUAUGCAUGCCCAAAGCUGGGCUUUGUCACCAGCGCAUAUGUGCUGUAUGGGUGCCUCAAGAGGCAAAAUUAAGACAAGACGUUGAAAGGAGCAAGACCACAAGCAUACAAUUAUGGAGCGGCCCAACGGAAUCCUACAUCUCGAGACUUCGAGAGCACCUACACGCGGUGCUUCCAGUAUACAUGAUUCCAAGUUUAUGGGUUGCAGUCCACAAUAUUCCUCUGCUUCCUUCCGGCAAACUCAACCGACGGACUGUAUCGCAGUGGCUCUCAGAGAUGGAUCUAGAAACUUUCCAGAAAUUGAAUCAAGGUACCGAAGAGAGCGACUCAUCCUCGGAUGGCCCUACUACAGAUAUGCAAAGACGGCUUCAAGAGAUUUGGGGUCGCGUGCUUAACUUGAGCCAAUCUAAUCUAUCUCUCCAGAAGUCAUUUAUCCGCUUGGGAGGAGAUUCUAUAAGUGCAAUUCAGGUCGUCACCAGAUGUCGGUCGGAAGGAAUCCAUACGACUGUCCAAGAAGUUUUGAAAUGCCAAUCUAUUAUCGACCUGGCUAGACAGGUCUCUGUUAUCGAAUCCGGUUUGGCCCUAGUGGAGAGUGAAGAAGCAACUGGAAUUCUCUUCAAUCUCUCCCCAAUACAGCUUAUGCAUACAACGCUUGUUCCGAGAGGGACUAAUCACUUCAAUCAGAGCUUUCUUCUGCGACUCGACAAGCAUGUGGCCGCAUGUACUAUUAACAGUGCAAUAGCAGCCUUGGUGAAACAUCACUCGAUGCUUAGAGCUCGGUUUUGCCAAGUUGAGAAUAAUAAGUGGAAGCAGUUUAUCACAGACAAUAUUGAAGACUCUUACAACUUCAGAGUGCACGCUGUAAAGCAACAGACUGACACACUAUCCAUAAUCGAAGAAAGCCAACGAAGCUUACACAUCCAAAAAGGACCGCUUUUCGGGGCACAUCUCUUCGAAGUGGAUGGCGAAAACCAGAUGCUAUUUCUUGUGGCACAUCAUCUCGUUAUAGAUUUGGUCUCCUGGCGUAUUAUACUGCAGGACCUGGAAGACAUAUUACAGACAGGAGUCUUGUCUUCUCCUAAGUCUCUAUCGUUUAGGUCCUGGUGUGACUUGCAGGCAAACUACUCCCGCGAGCAUCUCGAGACUACCGAUACACUGCUACCAUUUAAACUGCCAGCUGUGGGACCUGACUACUGGGGAGUAGGCGUAAGCAAAAACACGUAUGGCGACGCUACAUCACAGACCUUUACGCUCAGUUGCCAAACAACACUACAGCUCUUGACUGACUCAAAUCGUGCCAUGGGCACCGAGCCACUGGAUAUCAUGCUGGGUGUGAUUUUGCACACGUUCAAUCAGGUUUUUAAUGACCGCAGCCCUCCAACGGUAUAUAACGAAGGCCAUGGGCGGCAGCCUUGGGACUCAGCGAUCGAUUUGUCGAGGACUGUGGGUUGGUUUACAACCAUUUCGCCGGUAACCAUAAAUUCCACAGAAGAUGCUAUUGACGCUGUGAGGCGUGUGAAAGAUAUUCGACGUUUGAUCCCAGAUCAGGGUUGGGCAUGGUUUACUUCCAGUCUUCUUUCCAAAGAAUCUCCUGGUGAGGCUGGCAUAACCUCUCCACUGGAAAUAAUGUUCAACUAUCUUGGACAAUAUCAACAGCUCGAACGAAGUGAUGCGAUAAUUAGACAAGUUAUGCAAGAAGGGUUAGAAAUCAUGGAUGUUGGAACCGAUGUCCCAAGACCUGCCUUGUUUGAAAUAUCCGCUGUCGUCGAGAGUGGACAAAUGAACUUCACCAUCUACUACAAUCGCUGGGCUAAGCAGCAAGCAGAAAUUCAGAUGUGGGUUUCAAGCUUUGCAAACGCCCUUGAACACAUCUCUGGCCAACUAUGUGGCAUGGAACCGCUACAAACACUAAGCGAUUUCCCAUUUUUGCAUAUGAAUUAUGAUCGAUUGGCGGAGUUUGGAGAAGCAAUUACCGCACAGACUGCACUGCAACUCGGGGCUGAUGUAGAGGGGGCUUACCCAUGCUCACCCAUGCAAGAAGGAUUGAUUCUUAGCCAGAUGAAAGACGAUGGACUUUAUCGCAUAGUUCAUAUAUGGGAAGUAAAAACACGUCAGGCGGGUCAAGAGGUUUCUCCUGAGCGUUUACGUGAUGCUUGGUUGGAGGUUGUUAGACGACACUCUUCCUUGAGAACCAUUUUUCUUGAAUUUCAGCCUGCAUAUGCCUCGAAUACUCCUCUGAUUCAAGUGGUGGCUAAAGAAAGUUUCGAUAUGGGAUCAGUAACGUGCUUCAGCCAUGCAGAUCCAGCGACAGCUCUUGAACAGCAAAAACCCAUGCUACAAUCGGGGACAUUAUCACCUCAGUUCCUAUCCAUUUCCUAUUCAGAAGACGGAAGAGUUUUCCUGAAGUUAGAAAUCAGCCACAUCAUUGUAGAUGGCGCUUCAAUGUCUAUCCUAUUACGAGACUUGGCUUUGGCAUAUGAGGGCAAAUUGUCCAACAUGCAAAGACCCCCGCUCUAUCAAGACUAUAUCGCUUACCUUGAGAAUACGAACCGCACACUCGCUGUCGAUUAUUGGAGAACUUAUCUGGCGAAUCUAUCACCCACUUUCUUUCCUAUCCUCAAUGACAAUAUCGCAGUGGAAGAACUUCAAGCGAUGCGAGUUAACCUGACCAGAAGUUCUGAACUAGUGGCCUUCUGUAAACGAAACGACAUCACUUUAGCGACACUUUUCCAGGCGGCCUGGGGAUUAGUGUUGAGCUGCUUCACUUCACAACAAGACACUUGUUUCGGAUUUCUGGCUUCCGGGAGAGAUAUCCCCAUCAAUGGCAUCGAUGACGCUGUGGGAUUAUUUAUUAACUUGUUGAUCUGUCGCUGCAAUCUGAAACCCCAGCUCCAAUUGAAGGAAGUCCUCGAGUCUGUGCAAUCAGAUUUCGUAAAUAGCUUACCGCAUCAGCAUUGCCCAUUGUCAGAAAUUCAACAUGCCCUUAGUCUUCCCGCUUCAACAUCACUAUUCAACACAAUAAUGUCCUUCCAGAGGAAGUCAGACGAUGGUGAAAGCGCACUCGAUUUUAAGAUGAUAGUUGGAAACGACCCAACUGAGUACGAUAUAACCGUCGAUAUCGAAGCCACCAAGGAGGAUAUUGCAGUUUUUCUCCGAUACAGAACAGCUCGCUUGUCUCCGGCACAGGCUUCCAAUGUGGCAAGCACGCUGGAUCAAACAAUUUGCCAGAUAUUAGACGCACCAAGCAUGCCCGUCGAGGAAGUCGAUUUCUUCAGCAAUUACAACCUAUCCCAAGUCUCUCUAUGGAAUUCCAACUACCCAGAUACUGUUGAAGGUCUUGUUCAUGAUCUCGCCUUGCAAACCUCACUCAGUCAUCCAGACAUCUUGGCUAUAGAAUCUUGGGAUGGGAAGCUCUCCUAUCGUGAGUUAGAUAUUCUUUCCACAAAGCUUGCGAAUCAUCUUCGCACUCUCGGAGUUGGGCCAGAGGUCAAGGUGCCCUUGUGCUUCAGCAAGUCACUGUGGAUGAUUGUUUCUAUGUUGGCGGUCUUGAAAUGCGGUGGCGCAUGUGUAGCUCUGGAUCCUCGAUAUCCACGGAAUAGGCUACAGUCUCUUCUGGAAGAUGUUGACGCAACGGUGGUACUCAGUUCUCCCGAGCAUGCAGGUAUCUUUGAGAAUCCAGCGUCCGACCUGCUCGUAACAGUAGUGAGCUCCGAGCAAAUGAACAGUUUGACUUCCAGCAGCCACCAGUCUCAGGAAAUAGAUGUUACCCCUGGAAACCCAGCAUUCGUUGUAUUUACAUCUGGAAGCACAGGCAAACCUAAAGGAAUUGUUGUUGAACACAGGGCUUUCUGUACAAGCGCCCGUCAGCAUGUUGUCAGUCUUCAUAUCGACUCAACUUCUCGCGUUCUUCAAUUCGCAGCAUAUACGUUCGAUGUUAGUCUCUGUGACAUUUUCAUGACGCUUAUGGAAGGCGGAUGCGUUUGUAUCCCGUCAGAAGAAGAGCGAAUGAACAAUCUUGCAGGAGUCAUCAACAGGCUGAAAGCAAAUUGGAUCUGCCUCACUCCAACAGUAGCCAGCCUACUUCACCCCGAAAAGGUUCCUUCAAUUCAUACGCUAGCAGUUGGAGGAGAAGCAUUACCACAAGAAAUUGUCAAUCUUUGGGCGGAUAAAGUCGCUCUGAUUAACGUUUAUGGUCCAUCUGAAUGUACGGUUUGGUCAAUGUGCGCGUACGGGCUCAAGCCAAAAUCUGCUCCUCGAAAUAUUGGUCGUAUUUUCUCAUCUUCCGUCUCCUGGAUUGCAGAUGCCAAAAAUCAUAACAGACUUGCGCCGAUUGGAGCAAUUGGAGAGCUUUUAAUUGAGGGGCCGACUCUUGCAAGAGGAUAUCUGAAAGAACCAGAAAAAACAGCCGCUGCAUAUGUUGGAAAGCCGCACUGGCUUCAAAGGCUUUUCAAUGAUCCAGAACGAUUGGGUAGAAUGUAUAAAACUGGAGACCUAGUCCGUUAUGAGUCCGACGGCACCAUGACGUUCAUUGGCAGAAAGGAUACGCAGGUCAAAGUGCGUGGUCAACGAGUAGAGCUUGGAGAAAUUGAGUAUCACCUCAGGCAAUUGACAUCUCCAGAUUGGAUAUGUGUAGUUGACGUGGUAAAAUCCAGAAUUGGGGCUGCGGAGCCCAUUCUAGUUGCAUUUCUCUGCACUCAAGAGAAGUCGGCUGAUCCUAAGAACGGAACGACACAAGAUGAAAUAGACAAGACAGAAAAGACCAACGAAAAAACAACAUACAGCAUGUCAACCACUCUUUCAGAUCUCGGAAUCACAGGAUCUCUAUCCACUGCCUUGGCAGAAUUCCUACCUGAGUAUAUGAUUCCAUCAGUCUACAUACCGCUGAGGCAAGCACCUACGACCUCUUCCGGCAAAACCGACAGAAAAGUCUUGCGCCAGAUCUACAAUGAUGAAUUGUCAACUCAACAACUCUCGGCUUACAUGGGACUGGAAAGUAUAAAGCAGGCUCCCUCGACGCAAAAAGAAAUAAAAUUACAAGAACUUUGGGCGACGACUCUCCAGAUACCGUCAAAAUCGAUCGGAGCUGGGGACAGCUUUUUCCGUCUCGGUGGAGAUUCAUUCUGUGCAAUCAAACUAGUCAGUCUUGCAGGUUCACAUAAUAUUCAGCUGUCAGUGGCAACUGUCUUCCAGAAUCCAACGCUGCAACAGAUGGCGGCGGCUGUUGAGAAAAUCGGUACUGCUGAGCCUCAAAGCGCUGAAUCUUUGACGAUUGAGCCGUUUUCGUUGUUGCGACUUCCAAGAUCACAGGAUUCAAGAAAUCCCCUUGAAGGAAAGGAAAUAUUGGGGGAGAUUUCUGACCUAGCAGAGCUAGCAGGAAUAUCGUCCAUCACUGAUGCCUAUCCUUGCACUCCUCUUCAGGAAGGUCUCAUAUCUCUAUCCAUUAGUGAGCCCGGAACGUAUAUUGCACAGAAGACGUUUGCAUUACCUGCUUCUAUGAGUCUAUCCCGAUAUUGCUCUGCUUGGGACACAGUUGUUAAAGAAAAUCCAAUUCUGCGAUCCCGAAUCGUCCAGACGAGAGAUCAAGGCAUGUUGCAGAUAAUACUUGAUGAUGUAAUUGAGUGGCAGUUUGGCGAUAGUCUAGACGGCUAUUUAGAGCAAGAUCGUCGGAUUCCAAUGGGUCUAUACGAUCGGCUGACACGGUAUGCUAUCAUAAAUGAUAAUGGAAACCAGUAUAUGGUGUGGACAGCACAUCAUGCAGUGUACGAUGGGUGGUCACUUCCACUGAUAGAGCAGGCGGUGGACCGAGCCUAUAAGGGACUUGCUACCGAUUAUCACCCUCCUUUUAACCAGUUCAUUCUCAGUGUCAUGAAGAUUGACAACCAAGCAGCUAUGCGUUAUUGGCAGUCCCAGAUAGCAGGUUUCACUGCCAUAGACUUUCCUCCUAUUCGGUCGUCCAGUGUUAAAGCACGUGCGUCAGCUACUGUUGAGAGCAUCUUCAAAGUCAACGCCAACCCUGUCGCCUCUAAUAACAUAACUAUGUCCACUAUUAUUAGAGCUGCCUGGGCAAUUUUGGUAGCCCGCCAUGGUGGAACUAAAGACGUUGUAUUCGGAGCUGUGUUGAACGGACGGAAUGCCCCUGUCCGUGGGAUAGACAACAUGAUCGGCCCAACGAUAACCACAGUCCCCAUCCGGAUUACGCUGGAUGACGCUGAACGUUCAUCUGUAUUUUUAGAAAGGGUACAAAGGCAAGCAACAGACAUGAUCCCAUUCGAACAGACCGGAUUGAGCAAUAUCGGUCGUAUUGGUUCCGAUGCAUAUGCCGCAUGUCAGUUUCAAAAUAUUCUCAGUAUCCAAACAGAAAACAAGCUCAGUUCUGUGGACGUGACAAAUCCGAACCACUUAGGAAAUGCUUUAACAUUCCCUCUGGCGGUUGACUGCACAAUCUCUAAGGACAGCAUACUUGUUAUAGCUCAGUUCGACGAGCAAAUAGUGUCGUCGGCGUGGGUGCGUUCAACACUCCACCAGUUCGAGCAUGUGUUGGGCCAGCUUAUCUCUGCGCAACCCCAUACUACGAUUGGCCAUAUCACAGCUUGCAGCCCUCAAGAUGAGCUUCGGAUAGAGGGCUGGAAUGGCGAAUAUCCUACAAUUACUAAGCAGUCCAUAAGUGAUUUGAUCCUACAACAAGCAGCACUUCAACCUGAUGAAGAAGCUAUCUGCUCUCGAGAUGGAAAUCUGUCUUAUCGCCAACUAGACAACCUGUCCGCACUCUUGGCCCAACAUCUUCUAAGUCUUGGGGUUGCCAGAGAAACCCGCGUACCAUUGUACUUUGAGAAGUCUAAGUGGAUGGCUGUGGCCAUGCUUGCAACCAUGAGAUCGGGAGCCAGUUUUGUUCCUUUGGAUUCUUCCCAUCCAAUCAAACGAGUGGAGGGGAUCAUACGUGAUGUAAACGCAUCGGUUCUCCUCGUCUCAGAAAAGCAAGCAGAUCGAUUAUCUACCGGCUCGGCCCAGCAAAUUGUUGUUUCAGAUGCAUUGAUGCGUAAGCUCAGUAUCAGUUCCACAAUCCUAACAAUGUCGCCUUCAAUAAAUCCAUCGGACAUUGCCUACAUUCUCUUUACAUCAGGUAGCACUGGACUGCCUAAAGGAGUGAUGAUUGCGCAUAGUUCAUUGGCUACUGGUGUUGUAGCGCAUGCUAACGCACUGGGAAUGGAUUCAAAGGUACGAGCACUUCAGUUUGCCUCUUACGCAUUUGACGCAAGUAUCACCGAGACUCUUGGUACUCUUGUGUACGGCGGUUGCGUAUGUGUCCCUGCAGAUGAUGAACGACUUGAGAACAUCGUUUCAGUUAUCAACGAUAUGAAGAUAACCUGGGCGCUCCUCACACCAUCCUUUGUGACCCUAGUUGAUCCUUCGGAUGUGCCGACUUUAAAAUAUCUAGUUUUAGGAGGAGAGGCACCAACCGAGGCUCUCAUACACAAAUGGAGGGGAAAUGUGCAUCUGUUUAACGCAUAUGGGCCUACAGAGUGUACUGUUGUUUCUCUCGUAAGAAACAUAGGAGAACCAAGCUCCAUCCACGGCCCAAUGACAAUUGGGCGUGGUAUAGCUUCCCUUUCAUGGGUGGUAGAUGUGAAUUGCCAUGAUCGUCUAUCGCCUAUCGGUGGGAUUGGAGAGCUUCUCAUCGAAGGUCCGAUUCUGGCGAAAGGAUAUCUCAACGAUGAUGCUAAAACGAAGCAAUCAUUCAUUGAGAAUCCAAAUUGGGCAAAGACUAAAGAUGGCAAAAGUCGCCGGUUUUACAAGACUGGUGAUCUGGUACGUUACAACGAAGAUGGUACAGUGCUCUUCGCAGGCAGACGCGACAUCCAGAUCAAGCUUAGGGGCCAAAGAAUUGAGAUUGGGGAGAUCGAAAAUUACUUAUUCAGUACUACUUGGAUUGAGAACGUUGUCGUCACUAUUCGAUCGUCUGGCUCAGGAAAUGAGAAAUUGGUUGCAAUCAUAUCGCCUCGAUCAUCAGAGCAAUCUAUCCAAGUUGAUACAGAUAUAGAGCUCUUCACUUCAUCUCAAAGGGCUCAGUUUAUAAACCCUCUAGAAAAGCUCAGAGACGAUAUGAUGGGGCAGCUUCCUGAAUACAUGGUCCCUACAGGGUGGAUCCUCGUCAAAUCAAUCCCCCUAUCAUCUUCUGGUAAAACUGACAGGAAACGAUUAAUCAAUUGGAUUCAUUCAUUGAAAGAUGACGAAUUUUAUACUGCCACACAGCUGUUUAUGUCGUCAGAAACUCACGGAAGGCCUGCCUCAUCAAUGGAGACCAAGAUCCGACAGGCAUGGUGCCAAGUUCUGGGACACCCAGAACAUCUUGUCGGUCUAGAUCAGCCCUUUCUCACAAUUGGUGGUGAUUCUAUAUCUGGAAUGCAAAUUGUUGCUCAGUGCAGAUCAGAGGGUAUUCAUAUUACAUUAAGAGAUAUCCUUCAGUCAAAGACCAUAUCCAAGCUAGCGUUACGUGCAAAGGCAUCCCUGCCUCUUCCUAUGUUCAGCGAAGAUGAUGGAAAUGAGGAAGAGUUGAUGAAGCCCUAUUCAUUGACACCUAUUCAACAGUUAUUUUUUGAGCAUAACCCGAGCGGGAAUAACCACUUCAACCAGAGUUUCUUGCUCCAAUUAACGAAGCCUGUGUCGUCUGAGAUCUUAGCCAAUGCACUGCAGACAAUUGUUCAGCGUCAUGAAAUGCUGCGAACAUGCUUCAAAAAGGUGCAGAGUCAGUGGGUGCAACAAAUCAGCAACAAUGCUUCAAAUGCCCAUCGAUUUCGAGUACAUGAAAUGGUCACUGAGGAUGCAGCCAAUAGCAUCUACGCGGACUGUCAGGAAUGUCUUGAUAUUGAAAAAGGCCCAUUGUUCGCUGCAGAACUGCUCAACAUGUCCGAUAAUGCCAAGAACCAGCGGCUCUUCCUAUCUAUUCAUCAUCUCGUCAUCGAUCUAGUAUCUUGGAGAAUCCUCCUGCGAGAUCUUGAAACCUUGCUGCGUUCAGAAUCUUUGUCGACUGACCGACAGCUAAGCUUCCGCUCAUGGUCACGAAUGCAAGAGCAAUUUAUCACUAAUCAGUUCGCGUCGCUACCCCAGUCGAGGCUUCCUUUUGAGGCUAUUACAUCUGAUUAUAGCUACUGGGGUAUGCAGAAUGAACAGAAUCUCUACAGGGAUGUAGUAGAGAGAAGAUUUACACUGGCACAAGAUGUAACAACGAGUCUAUUCAACAAUUGCAAUAAGGCUUUUGGGACAGAGCCACUCGACAUAAUGCUCUCUGCUCUCUCAUAUGCAUUCAAACACACUUUUGACGAUCACAAAGGCGCAUCAAUCUUUAAUGAAGGCCACGGCCGUGAAAGCUGGGACGCUUCCAUCGACUUGUCGGAAACCAUCGGCUGGUUCACUAUACUAUGCCCGGUUACUGUGACUCUUACAGAAAAGGAUGACAUAUUUGCAGCACUCAUUAAGACAAAAGAUACACGAAGAGGAAUUCCAGAUAAUGGUUGGGCUGAAUUCAACCGUCAGCAUUUCUUCGCCAAGAGACAAGAUACAAAUAUGAACCCAUCGCCCGAGAUUUUGUUCAAUUACGCCGGCAGGUUUCAGCAACUCGAUGACACGGAGGCUGUUUUGCGGCAGCUUCCAUACCCGGUCAAUGCUUCAGGGGAUUACAGCCCCGAUGUUCGGCGUUUCGCUCUCCUAGAAGUUGCGGCCGGUGUGGAAUCUCAAGGCUUGACCUUCUCAUUUGCCUAUAACUCCAGAAUGCGUCAUCAAGGCCAGGUAGAGGAAUGGAUCAACAGGACUGAACAAGUAUUACAGGAGUACAGCCUCCAGCUAGCGCAUCGAAAGUAUCGGCCCACUCUAAGUGAUUUCCCCUCAGCUAUCGGGAUGUCUUACGAGAGUCUUGACCGACUUAUGUCGACAACGCUUCCGCAGCAUGGAUUAUCUAUUGAUAUGAUCGAGGACAUGUACUCCUGCUCACCUAUGCAAAAUGGACUACUGAUUAGCCAAAGCAAAAGUGCAGAUGUCUAUGAUGUUGACAUGACUUGGAAAGCAUCUUUAUCUUCUCAAAGGCCAGGCUUCGUUGACGUUUCUCGAUUGCAACAAGCUUGGCAGAGAGUGGUAGACAAGCAACCUAUCCUUCGGACCGUUUUUGUCACUUCCAAUUCCCAAGAACUCGCUUUUGAUCAGGUUCUUCUAAAGAAUGUCGAUGCUGAAAUACUGAUUGUGAAGACAGACGCCGAUAAUGCCUUGACAAGCUUGAACGACUUACCCAGGAGAAAAAAUAAAGAAGGACGACCGCCACAUCGUCUUGCCAUCUCUGUUACCUCUACCAUGGAUGUUUAUUGCAAGCUCGAGAUUAACCAUGCAUUGAUAGACGGAACAUCUACAGCGAUAAUUAUGAAUCAACUCAGCCAAGCAUAUGAUAGAGAUCUUACGGCAGUUACAGCAGUCCCGUACAGCCAAUACAUAUCCUAUAUCCAACUGCAAAACUCCAACGAAUCUAUCAACUAUUGGAAAGGAUAUCUAUCCAACACUGAGCCAUGCAUCUUUCCAUCUCUCACAGACGGCGUUGUUUCGACCGAGCGCCAAUUACGAGCUGUUACCGUCAGCGUCGACGACACAGUGGCAGAUGUGGACAGAUUUUGCGAACAGCACGGCAUUACUUCGUCCAACUUGUUCAUGGCCGCCUGGGCAUUUGUGCUUCGUGCCUACGUUGGCACUGAUAGUGUUAACUUCGGGUAUCUAGCCUCUGGACGAGACAUUCCUAUAUCUGGAAUUGAGCAUGCAGUAGGGCCUUUCAUAAAUAUGCUUGUCUGCAGCGUUCAAUUUGAUAGAGGAGCCUCGCUGGUGGACGUUGUUGGCAAGAUGCAUGCGGACUAUGCGCAAAGUCUGCCGUAUCAACAUUGCUCGUUGGCGGACAUUCAACACAGUCUCGACACUUCGAGCCAGCCACUCUUUAACACUGUCUUAUCGCUCCAAAAGCAAUCAUUAAACUCUGAUCCUUCGUUGGAUAGCACUAGCAUCUCCUUUCAAGUGGUAGAUGCCCAAGAUCCCACAGAUUAUGAUGUGACAGUAAACGUUCUCAUUUUGAAGACGGGAAUAUCAGUCUCAUUAAGCUAUUGGGACUCUUGUCUGUCCGACAAUCAGGCAUUGAAUGUCGCCAGUAGCUUCUCUGCUGCAUUGAGGGGGAUUUUGAGUAAUGCAAAAACCGUUGGUGACCUGAAUCUCUUCAGCGAGUAUCACAAAACACAGAUUCAGGGCUGGAACAAAAAUUGCACUGAUCCUGUCAAGAACUGUAUCCACGAAACAUUCGAAGAGCAGGUCAAGCUUCGUGCGGAAUACCCAGCCAUCUCUUCUUGGGAUGGAAAAUUCACAUACUCAGAGCUGGAUUUACUGGCUAGUCGACUGGCUCAUCAUCUCAAGGGAUUGGGAUUGAAGCAUGGCGACUUUGUGCCUCUCUGCUUCGAUAAAUCUUCUUGGACGAUUGUUGCCAUGAUUGCAGUUCUCAAAGCUGGUGGAGGUUGUAUCUCCGUGAGUCCGGCAUUCCCCGCUCCUAGGCUUGCAAAGAUUGUCAAUGAAUCCAACGCACACAUCGUUCUUGUCUCGCCGAAACACGGGCAUCUGUUCUCGAACUUGGUGGACCAAGUUAUACCAGUAACGGCAGAUCUCGUUGAACAACUUCCCGAUAUUGAAAUACCAGCUUGUACCACUGUGACAUCUCAGAGUGCAGCUUUUGUUCUCUUUACCUCUGGAUCUACCGGCGAGCCAAAAGGAAUAGUGCUAGAGCAUGGUGCCAUUUGCACCAGUGUCAGUGAACAUGGUCCAGCCCUACGCAUUGGCCCGGAUUCACGUGUCUUGCAGUUCUCCGCCUACAUAUACGAUGUCUCUUUUGGAGAGAUAUUCACGACUCUUAUGCGAGGUGGUUGCGUCUGUGUGCCAAGCGAAGAGGAGCGCGUCGAUGGCCUUGCCGAAGCGAUGAACAAGCUAGAAGUUAAUUGGGCUUUCCUUACGCCCACAGUCGCAGGAUUACUCAAGCCUGCAGAAGUGAAGACUCUGAAAGUACUGGUUCUUGGUGGAGAAUUUGCGACAAAAGAUAAUAUUGAGACUUGGAGCCCGAGUUUGUGUUUGAUCAACAGUUAUGGGCCAGCCGAGUGCGCUAUAUGGUGUUCAUACAACCCAGGUUUGCAAGUUGACUCUUCGCCAUUCAAUAUUGGAAGGACAACCGGAAGUCGGCGAUGGGUUGUAGACCCGAAUAAUCACAACAUUCUGCUACCUAUUGGAUGUGUGGGUGAAUUGUUGGUAGAAGGGCCUACACUGGCACGAGGCUACUUGAACGAUGCCCAGAAGACCAGCAAGGCUUUUAUAGAACACCCGCAAUGGUUAAGUAAGGAGGAAGACUCCACUCUGCCUCCACGACGGUUCUAUAAGACAGGUGAUCUUGUGCGUUACAAUUCAGAUGGAACCCUUGACAUUGCAGGGAGAAAAGACACACAGAUAAAGCUACAUGGACAACGCAUUGAGCUUGGAGAAAUCGAAUAUCAUCUAAAACGUGCUACACCUGAUGGAUGGCACUCUUCAGUUGAAUUGAUAAAGCCAGCAGGAAGAACACUUCUGGCUGCCUUCCUUGGAGUUAACGACGGCGAAAGUCGCCAAGAGGCCACAAUUCUUCCUGUUACAUCUGACUUGCAAGAGAUCAUGCUUCAAAUACAAUUCGAAUUGACAAAGUCCCUCCCUCGGUACAUGGUACCAACCGCAUAUAUCCCAAUGACGACUAUCCCUUUGACAGCUGGCGGCAAGACAAACCGAAAGAUUCUGCGGGAACUUGGCCAAACAAUAACAGUCGAACAGCUCAAUUCUCUGUCGCCCUUGGUAGCGAAUAAAUCUCCCCCAAAGACGCCUAUACAGAAGCAAUUGCAGGAGUUGUGGGCAAUAACACUAGGCAUUGAGCAAAAGUUUAUCGGAUUGAGCGACGAUUUCUUUUACCUGGGAGGAGAUUCUAUAUAUGCUAUGAAGCUCAUUGCCGCAGCACGCCAAGUCGGAUUGGGAAUUUCCAUGGCGGCCAUCUUCCAUCAGCCAGCACUGUCAAAUAUGGCGGAUGAAUUGGUUCACAUUGAUGAGGCUGUUGAGAAGCAGACUUCCUCAUUUGAUUUGCUUCCCACACCGGAUUUAAGAGCUGGCAUUCUCACCAAAGCAGCUCAAGUUUGCAAGGUACCUACAGCUGCGAUUCAAGAUAUAUAUCCUUGUACACCACUUCAAGACGGUCUUAUGGCUCUUUCAAUAAAGAAUCAUGGUUCCUAUGUUUCUCAAAGCGUAUACACUCUCCCAAGCAGCAUUGAGAUAAACCGUUUCAAAGAGAGUUGGGAAGUUGUCUUCAAACAUACUGAUAUACUACGAACAAGAAUUAUCGAAUCUACGGAAUCUUCUUCACUACUUCAAGUUGUCAUUGACGAAGGUAUCCAAUGGAUAUAUGAGGAUAAACUUGCCAAAUAUCUUGAGGAGGAUCAUAAGUGUUCGGUUGGGUUUGGCAAACCGCUAGCUCGCUUUGCCUUGACAGGCAUCGAUUCAAACGACCGCCACUUUAUCUGGACGUCCCAUCAUGCUCUUUACGAUGGAUGGUCUAAGAAUCUUGUUUUGAGUUAUGUUUACGCUUACUAUCAAGGAAUCGAAAUAGCGCCGCUGCUCCCUUUCAAAGAUUUCAUCCGUCAUCAGGAGAGUUCCAGUUCCAGCGAAUCUGCCAAUUUUUGGAGGGGACAAUUGACACAGGCAAACCAAAUUCACUUCCCCUCAUUACCUUCAGCAGAUUAUCAAGCUCGUACUGAUCGAAGAGAUUUCCAUCACAUCAAGUUUCUUCGCGCACAAAGAGCAGCAUCAAACAUCACCUCAUCAACCAUUAUUCGCGCUGCAUGGGCAAUUGUUGUCAGCCGCUACUCAUCUUCGGACAACAUAGUAUUCGGUGCCACUUUAAGUGGUCGGAAUGCACACGGUCUCCCAAUUGAAAGCAUCGCCGGACCUACCAUCACCACAGUCCCAGUCCGUUGCCAUGUUGAUAAGACAGCACCUGUGGCAACGUUUCUGAAGAGGGUUCAACAAGAAGCAGCAAAUAUGUUCGCUCAUGAGCAGUUUGGUCUUCAGAAUAUCAAGCGGCUUGGAUCAGAGUUCCGGGAGGCUUCCGACUUCCAAAACUUAUUGGUGGUGAAUCCCAGCCCGACAGAGUCAUCCGUCGACAGCCUGUUCCACGAAUACGCUAUUCCAGGCCAUCAAGCCGACUUCCUCACAUACCCACUGACAAUCGAAUGCACACCGAGCUUCAGUUCUGAGGGCCUGGAUGUCGUGGCACAGUAUGACUCAAAAGCAAUUUCUCCAGAGCAUAUAUCACGCCUCAUACAGCAGUUUGAGCAUGUCCUUAGUCAACUUACAUCUGAGAAUGAACUGACGACCCUAAGCGAUGUGGAAGUUACCAGCCCUCAAGAUAAAUUGGACAUUCUAAGCUGGAAUAACCAGACUUUGAAAUACACUCAGUCAUGCGUACAUCACAUGGUCGAAGAGCGAGUAGACCAGCAACCAAAUGCUGUUGCAGUAUGCUCAUGGGAUGGAGAACUGACUUACGCAGAAUUGGAAAAAUUAUCCAAUCGUUUAGCACAACAUCUUGUUGAAUCUGGCGUAGGACCUUCAGUAAUGGUUCCGUUUUGUUUCGACAAAUCACUGUGGGCAACAGUGGCUAUGCUGGCUAUACUUAAAGCUGGCGGCUGUAUUGUGGCAAUUGAUCCCUCACAUCCUCGAAGUCGUUUAGAGACAAUUAUCUCGGAAACAAAGGCGAGAAUAAGCAUCAUGGAGCCGAAGCAUGCUAGUGCGCUCCAGCAUCUGACUAAAAUGACUGUUAUUCUCGAUUCUUCUUUCGUUGACGGGCUGCCUAUAGUCGCUGAACGUCCAAAGGUUAACGUGUCGCCACAAGAUCCUGCAGUUGUUGUAUUUACCUCUGGAAGCACUGGAGUCCCGAAAGGAAUCGUCUUGGAACACGCAGCUCUAUCUUCUAGUAUCGUUGCCCAUGGACCUAUACUUCGAAUCAGUACGACUUCACGAGUCUUGCAGUUUGCAUCAUAUACCUUUGAUGUAAGUAUUGGCGAAGUCUUUACGACUCUCACAAUGGGCGGCUGCAUUUGUAUCCCUUCCAACUAUGAUAGGAUGAAUAACUUGGCCGGUGUGAUCAACACGCUAAACGUGAAUUGGGCAUAUCUUACUCCGAGCGUUGCAACGUUGAUCACUCCAGAUGAGGUUCCUAAGCUUGAGGUUCUCGCACUUGGUGGAGAAGCUCCAAGUCCUGAAAAUGUUGCAACUUGGUCCACCGAGGUACACCUGAUCAAUAUAUAUGGACCAGCCGAGUGCUCCAUCUGGUCAACUUGCCUGCCAGUAGUUAAACACAAUUCACAAGCAACCAAUAUUGGAUAUGGUGUUGGCUCAAGGUCCUGGAUUGUUGAUGUGGAAAACCACAACAGACUAGCUCCCGUGGGAUGCAUUGGGGAGCUUCUGAUCGAAGGUCCCAUUCUCGCUCGUGGAUAUCUAAAUGAUGAAAAGAAAACGGCCAAUGCUUUUAUUUCUCGGCCUGGUUGGCUUCAAGUUGCCCCUCGGGGAGAAGCUUUCAGGGUGUACAAGAGUGGUGAUCUGGCAAGAUAUAAUCCAGACGGCUCAGUAGUCUAUAUUGGACGUAAAGAUAUGCAGAUAAAGUUGCAUGGACAGCGCAUCGAGCUAACAGAAAUUGAACACCAAAUUGCAGCCAGUUCUCUCAUUAGCCAGAUCAUGGUUGCGAUGCCCAAGUCAGGCUUGUGCAAAGAGCAACUCGUCGCUGUUUUAACACUAAAAGAACUGUCGGCUCCCUCCAGAAACAAUGAGGACUGGUUGCUUCCGAUCCAAGAUUCCAUCGUCCCGGAACGAGUCUCUGCUCUGUCAGAGAUUGCAUCGGCAGCCUUGCCGCCUUACAUGAUUCCCUCCCUUUGGGUUGUCGUGGCCAAGAUGCCGCUUGGAACAACUGGAAAGCUAGAUCGCCGACAAAUCCUUGGCCGGCUGGAGAAUAUCAGCAAGGAAACUCUCGGCAAGGCCUCGAAUGCCACUGCUUCACAUAUUUCAAAAGCACCUGAGUCUCCCCAUGAAAUCAUCCUCCAGUCGGUAUGGAGCGAGGUGCUCAAUGUCCAGAUCGAUGAUAUACACCAGCCAUUCUUUAGUCUUGGUGGAGAUUCAAUCUCGGCCAUGCAGGUUGUAUCUCGUUGUCGAAAACAGGGAAUAUCUGUUACAGUACAAGACAUCAUACAGUGCAAAACUAUAUCCAAGCUGGCAGCACGCGCGCAACCCAUUCGUAAAACCAUCUUGCUCGAACCGGAGGACAUCAGAGCACCGUUCCGACUCUCUCCUAUACAGGAAAUGUUCUUCUCAUUUUCACCAGAAGGAGAAAAUCAUUUUAAUCAGAGUUUCCUGUUGUAUAUUACCAAGGAAACUGAUCAAACUACAUUAUCUAGUGCUCUCAACUUCAUCGUCGAGCGCCAUCCCAUGCUAACUGCUCAAUUCGAAUUGAAGGAUGACUACUGGACUCAGCGCAUCUCUACCGACUUUGCAAAGUCUUAUAGCUUUGAGAUACAUCACUUGGAGGAUGAAAGUGAGAUAUCAGCUAUCCAGAGAGCAGCACACGCAAAAAUAGAUAUCCGAAAUGGGCCGGUAUUCGCGGUCAAUAUGCUCAACAUCAAGAACCAACAGAUGAUUCACCUUGUCGCCCACCACCUGGUUAUUGACCUUGUUUCAUGGCGUAUCAUCUUACGAGAACUAGAAGAGUUCCUAAGAGAUGACCAAAUCUCUAUACAAGAAGCCGAUCUUUCGUUUAGAACUUGGUGCAAACUGCAGUCCGAGCAGGUCCAAAAACUAGGCCCGUCAGAAAUCGCAAUGCCGUUUGAGGUCGCCUCCUCCAACUACGAAUACUGGGGUAUGGACCAAAUACCCAAUCUUUACUGUGAUAUCAUUUCAGAGACAUUUUCUAUCAGUCAAGCAAUCACAUCAAAGAUUAUGGGAGAGUGCAAUAUCCCUCUCAAUACCGAGCCUCUUGAUAUUAUGCUCUGUGCACUCAUUGGCUCAUUCCAGACUGCAUUCCCACAUCAUCGAGUUCCACCCAUUUACAACGAGAGUCACGGUCGUCAAUCCUGGGAUCAUGCAUCAAUAGACCCUUCUAACAUUGUUGGUUGGUUUACGACACUUGCUCCCAUCAGUGUGGUGGCAGGGAACGACUCCAGCUUCAUCGACAUUCUCCGUCAAGUCAAAGAUGCUCGUCGACAGACCCUUGAGAAGGGACAAGCAUACUUUGCUUCCUUGUAUCGGCCUAAUAAUUCCACAGGGUUGUUGAAAGAGCAUUUUCCCCCCGAAAUCAUUUUCAACUACUCUGGACGAUAUCAACAACUGGAGCAAGAAGACGCAAUAUUCAGGCCAGCCAGUGAUCUGGGUUCUACGGUCUCUCAGAUUAGUCCAAACAUGCCGCGUUUCUCGCUUAUUGAGGUAUCAGUCUCUGCAGAUAAAGAUCACCUGCAUUUCGAAUUCUCUUAUAAUGGUCGUAUGCAGCGGCAAGACCAAAUAUUGAACUUUAUCAAAGGAUAUGAGCGACUUCUGAACACUUGUGUGGACGAACUACUGUCUUCAAAGAUCCAUCAAUCGUUGAGUGAUUUCCCGCUCCUUGAAACGACAUACGAGGAUCUAGACAAACUAGUGAAUGAAACAUAUCCUUUAAUAGGAAUCAGCCCCGAAGAUGUAGAGGACAUGUAUCCUUGUUCACCGAUGCAGCAGCGUAUUCUCGGCCACCAAAAAGAAGUUACUACCUCUUACAACGUGCAGAAUAUCUGGCAAGUCAACACAGGAGCUCAUAUACCGCAAGUAGAGCGUCUCAAAGCUGCGUGGCAGAAAGUCGUCAGCCGUCAUCCGAUUCUGAGAACUGUUUUUGCUCAGAGUGGUUCUACAAAGAAUGAAUUUAUUCAGAUUGUUCUUCGACGUUCCAACGCCCUUGUCAAACAUAUCAACACCGAAUUGGAUGACAACAGCACCUUUGAAUUUGUGGCCAAACAGCCUCCUUUGAGCUUCGGAAUGAUACAUCCGACACACCAGCUCUCGUUUUACACCAGCACAACAAAUUCAACCUUUGUAAAACUUGAGAUAAGCCAUGCCAUAAUUGAUGGAUUCUCACACCAAGUUCUCCUGCGCGAUCUUCAACUGGCGUAUGACGGGCAAUUAGAUUCUGGUCCCGGUCCGCUAUAUAGUCGUUUCAUCGAUUAUACUGUAAAGGGAGACCAUGAGACCUCAUUAUCUUAUUGGACGAAAUAUCUCGAUGGGCUAGCUCCAUGCAGUAUGCCCAUUGCAACAGUCGAGCAUCAUCUGCGAGGUGACUUGAGCUCAGUGGAUGUUAAUGUGGAACAUCUAAACAGCAAACUCUAUGCAACAUCUAAAUUGCACGGGGUCACUGUUGCCAACAUUUUCAUGACGGCGUGGGCAGUGGCACUUCAUAACUUUGCCACGAGCUCAGAAGGUAGUUCGCUAAAACAACUGCUAGCGAAGGUUCACGAAGAUUUUGUGAAGAGUUCAACUCAUCAGAGCUUCACUCUGACGAAUGCUCCGAGCGGAGACUUCAAAGGGAAAUCCCUGUUCAAUACUGCAAUAUCUUUCCAGAAGGACGAUUCUUCCAACGCUGAAUUGGCUUCAGACAAGAGUAUUUCGUUGGAGAGAUUAUGGUCAAAAGAUCCUACAGAGUAUGAUAUUGUGUUAGGUGUCGCUGACAGAGGCGAUGCAUUGCUGGUAUCCCUAUAUUUUUACAACGGUAGGAUUCCAGAGACUGAAGCUCAGGCUAUCGCCACGGUCUUUAGCCAUGUGAUUUCUUCUAUCAUCGAUGGGUCGGACGAAACUAUUCAGCAGGUCUUAUCAAGACAUCAUUCUUAG